GUCACUUUCUGGAAGCGCAUCCGCAGGCUGAAGCGACUGAAUGUGGUUGUGUUCGGCGGUACACAAAAGAAAGUGAAGUAAAUAAACUGCUUUUAUUUCGAUUAAAGUAAAGGUAAGCCACCCUCUUGAGUCAGGAUGUCGUACAUGCUCCCUCACCUCCAUAAUGGCUGGCAGGUGGACCAGGCCAUUUUGUCCGAAGAGGACCGCGUGCUCGUUAUCCGUUUCGGCCACGAUUGGGACCCUACGUGCAUGAAAAUGGAUGAAGUUUUGUACAGCAUUGCUGAAAAGGUGAAGAAUUUUGCUGUGAUUUACUUGGUGGAUAUCACGGAAGUGCCAGAUUUUAACAAGAUGUACGAGUUGUACGACCCGUGCACGGUCAUGUUCUUCUUCAGGAACAAGCACAUCAUGAUCGACUUGGGCACAGGUAACAACAACAAGAUCAACUGGACAAUGGAGGACAAACAGGAGAUGAUAGACAUUAUCGAGACCGUCUACAGGGGCGCACGGAAAGGACGGGGUCUCGUAGUGUCCCCCAAAGACUACUCGACCAAAUACAGAUACUAACUUUAUCUACGCGUUCAUACUGUCAACAUAUUGUGCAGUUUAUACAGCGAUCAUCACCCUGCAUGGACAUCUCACUGGGACAGUUUUGUAUUCAUAUGGACGCAGCAGAGACCUGCCCUUGUGUUAAUACCUUUUGUGUUUUUUUUUUUGUUUUUUUUUUUUUUGUAUUUAAAGACAUUUUUCAUCUAUGAUCUGGGAAAUGUGACCUGUAGCUUUUUGUUUGUUUUUUUGUCAAUAAUGAAAAUAAAUCUUUUAUAAAAACAGUUUGAGGUCAUUUUCAGAAGCUUCUCUGUAUGCAUUGUGGGGGGAAAAAAAAGAAACUUGACUGUGCCUCAUAUUCAUCCAGCAUGUUUAGUGAUUAAAAUGUUUUGUUUUUUUAUGUGACAUUAAGUCAAUUAUAUCUUGUUAUAUUUGAGUUAAAUCUGACAACUGAACUGUCCAUCACUUUAAGUGAUUUUAAAUAUGUGAGUAUUUUACACUGGAAGCCAUUAAUGCAAUCAAAUAUAAUUUAUGCAUGCUUAUGACAGCAAUUACAAAUAAUAAUAUAACAUAAUCUGCAGAUUUUCGUACAGAUCUAUUAAGUUUUUCAGCAGUGUUUUCUCUGCUUUCCCCAGUUCAUAUUUGCAUGUGGGUAAGCUUACUGUAAAAGAACUUGAAUGUCCUAUUAAUACAGUAGCUUAAGAAAUCUUAUAGAUGACAUGAAGUUUUGUAUAUUGAGACAUUUGUCAUUUUUGGAUCAAGUCUUAUGAUAAUUUGGUCUAGCAACAUAUAAACACAGUCUUAUGCAAACGUUUAGACACCCCUUGAUAACCAGAUUUUGGUGAUUUAAAAAAAAAAUUCCUUGAAAAGAUGUUAAUACCGUC